AAGGAAGCCGCCUUUAAAGCUAGUAUAUCAGCAGAGGAGGAGCUGUCACUCACGCGUGUCAGACUUUCACCGGUUCUGAAGCGGCUUAUAAACAGCAAUGGACAUCAUAGAACCGAUUCUAACCAUCGCUAAAGAGCUGUACAGCCUUUGUGAGGAGGUCAAAGCCAAUAAAAAGCGUUGCAGGCGUCUGGCUGACCGCGUAUCCGCUCUGGUUGGGCUGGUGACGGCUGUGAAGGUUCAUGGCUUUGGGGCUGAACCCGAACAGGUUAGAAAUGGCCUUGAAAAUCUAAAACUCACUCUGGAGUCAGCAGAGCAGGUAGUGAAGAAAUACACUUCCCUCGGCUAUUUGAAACGCGUCGCCAAAGCUUACGACCUCGGCGAGGAGUUCAGCUGCCUGAACGAGAGGCUGAAUGAUGCCGCUCAGGUGCUUUCUCUAGCGCUCCAGGUCGAGCACAGAGCGAGUAUAGAGAAAGUGUUUCAGGAAGCGACAAGGCGGCGGGAAGAUGAAGAGGACAGGAAGAGUGACUCUCUGGAACUUCGAGAACUGCUUAAAUUUGAGAGCAAGGAAACGAACACAAUGGUUGACGCUGCACAUAAGACAGUUGACCAAACAAAAGAUGUGCAGGACAUUAAAGAGAUCCUGGAAUCAUUGAAAAAACCUGUCCUUCAUUUACAAGACAUCAGAGAGAUUAAACCAGAAGAACUGACUUACAGUGUUCCUUAUGAACCCCUUAUGAAGAACAAGCAUUCAGAGCUUUACAAAGGGACGUACAACAAGUUCACCGUGGCCAUCAAGAGAUACUCAUGUCCGCUGUGCACCAGCCCCAGUGAGCUGAGGAGUGUUUUCAACAAGGAGGUGGAGACCAUGAAGCGUUUUGAGUCGCCCAAUAUCUUAAGAAUGUUUGGGAUCUGUGUCGAGGAAGAGAACGUGCGACCAAAUCCCAGUUACCUGAUAGUCAUGGAGUACUGUGAAAAGGGAAGUCUUCGACAAGUCCUGGACAGCAAGUGCAAUCUACCCUGGGAGAGAAAGACACAGAUGUGUCUGGAUGCGGCUCAGGGACUCUACAGGCUGCAUCAGUCAGAAGAGAAGUUUAAAGUGCACGGCUCCGUCAGAAGCAGUAGUUUUCUGGGCCGCUGGCUACAGAGUGAAGGCUUUGAGUUGGCAAAAACAGAAACUUCUCUUCUGAAGAAUAAAUCCAAAAGGAGUGGUGCUUUCCAUUACAGCUCUCCACAGCAGCUUCAGAACAUCAACUGUCCUUACAACAAGACGUGUGAGAUCUACAGUUUUGGCAUUGUCUUGUGGGAAAUUGCAACAAGAGAUGUUCCUUUCAAAGACUGUACAAGCCCCGAUCAGAUCUUCCAAAAAGUGUUUGUAGAGAAGGUCAUGGAGCCGCUUCCAGCAGACUGUCCUAAAAAGCUGAAGGAGCUGAUCAAUGCCUGUCGAUCGUUUGAGCCCUUCCUACGACCGACCGCAGGAGCAUUGGUCGACAUGCUCCUGAAAAUGGUGGAAGAAUGAUGAUUAAUGAUGAAUGAAGCACAUCUCCUUCUGUAACUAUAACUACUGGCAAAGUGUCAAUCUGUUACUAUCUAUUCCUUUCAGGAAUAUUCCCAAAAUCAGGAUAAACAUAUCAUUUAAACCAAUACUGAACUAUUGGUUGAUUUACCAAAUCCUUGCUUACUUGCAGUAGCCUACAUGAUGAAUAUACUGUAUAUGAUCCGUUAUUUUUUUUUUAACUGUUAAACAACAUACUUCUCUGUAUAUGUGUAUCAAGACUUUUUUCUGGUUGUUGUUGGUUUUUAAUUAAUUGUUGUCAUUAGUAUUAUUAUUAUAAAUUGCUCAUUAAUGAGGUUUGUACAGUAAUAGGCCUAUAUUGCGGAAAUAUAGUUUCAUUGCUGACAUAAAUAUCUGUUAUAAAUUGGAGACAUAUAAAUAUGGAGACAAACAGCUAAAACCAGCUACUUCCAGUUUAUAUCAGCUACGACCAGCCUAGGCUGCUUAUAUCUGUUUUGUUUUGUUGUUUUUUUUGG